CUGUUGCCAAUCCGAUGCCAUCAACACUUCCUGAUGACGUGAAGAGUUUGGGUUUCAAAAUGCUUGAAUGGGAUCUCCAAAACUCUAAUAACUUCAUUAAAGAUGUGUCUUCAUUGGAUCUAUUAGUGCUUAAGACAAACAAUUUUGUGGUCAAUAAUUGGAAUAUUAAGGAACAAAUCAAAUCAUUCAAAGAUUGUGUUAAAGAAAAUGGUUUCCUUUUGAUGUCUUACAGACAUGUCUUAACCCCACCAGAGAUCGCAAUUCUGGAACUAUUGAAUCGCGAGGCAAAGGAUGAAAUUCUAAACAAGUCUGAAGUCGAGAAUUACAUAUCAAUGGCCGAGAAGAAUGGCUUUAAAUUGGUGUCACAUAAGACUGAUUCUAUCACUUCCUCCCAAUUAUUAUUCCGUAAACUUAGGCAACAAAUGAAAGACAUAGAAGUGAUACACAUAUUGAACGAGAAUUACGAUGAAUGGGUUGAAGCCAUCAAAGAGAAAAUGGCGGAAAACAAAGACGCGGAUACGGCUAAUAAUAUAUGGCUUGUGGGCAACGAUACGGCACUCAAUGGUAUUAUUGGUCUCACAAAUUGUCUUCGCCUGGAGUCCGGCGGUCAACACAUUCGCUGUCUCUUUGAUUACGACAACAAAUUGCCAAAAGUCGUAAACUUUGAUCGCAUGCCGUACUCAGCGAUCAAACAGUUAGAUUUGGCCACAAAUAUCUACCGCGACGGCCAGUGGGGGUCAUUGAGACAUAUAUGUCUGCCUAAGGAACAGGAGACAAUCAGCACAGAACACGCCUACUUGAAUGUGGUGACCAGAGGUGAUAUGAGUUCCCUCAAGUGGUUCGACGCUCACCACAAAUACUUCACCAAAAUGUCCGAAGAGGAGAGGAAUCCAACGGAGACUUUAUGUGAUGUCUACUAUUCGGCCCUUAAUUUCAAAGACGUGGUGUUAGUGUCGGGUAAGAUACAGCCGGGCCCUGAAUCAGCACUGUUUGACUGCGUGAUUGGUCUGGAGUUUGCGGGCCGUCGCACAGAUACUGGCAAACGGGUGAUGGGAAUGGUUCCCUUCAAAGGCAUCGCCACUACCCUAUUGACACACAAAGACUAUCUCUGGGAAGUGCCCGACAAUUGGUCGCUCGAAGAUGCGGCUACCGUUCCCGUGGUUUAUAUCACCGCUUAUUACGCGCUCAUCACUAGAGGACAGCUAAGGGCAGGCGAGUCAGUGCUCAUCCAUUCGGGCGCCGGUGGUGUGGGACAGGCGGCCAUUUUCAUCUGUCAGAGUAUGGGCUGCAAAGUGUUGGUCACUGUCGGCAACAACGAGAAGCGAGAGUUCAUGAAAAAGAAGUUCGGAAUUGCGGACAACUGUAUCGGCAAUUCCCAUGACUCCAGCUUUGAGAAGCAGUUCAUGAAAGUGACUAAAGGAAAGGGAGUCGACGUUGUGCUCAACUCACUCACUGAUGACAAACUACAGGCUUCGGUGCGAUGUCUGGCACCGAACGGUCGGUUCCUAGAGAUCGGCAAAUAUGAUAUGCAAAUGAAUAAGAAUUUGGGAUUAUUUGCAUUCCUCAAUAACAUCACUUUCCAUGGCGUGGGCCUCGACUGCAUCUUCAGGGAGGGGCCCAACUCUCAGCAGUUGAAGUCUUUCAUGGAAGACAUGACUGUCCUGUUGAACGAUGGCAUCAAGAAAGGUGUCGUCAAACCCAUUGAGAGGACUGUAUUCCAGAAGACUGAGGCCGAGGAUGCCUUCCGUUAUAUGACAACCGGUAUACACGUGGGAAAAGUGCUCAUUAAGAUUAGAGAUGAAGAGAGCGAUAAAAUUACUGUUAAUCCAAAUGUGAUGACAGUGGAGGCCACCACCAGAACCUGGUUCCAUCCCUCCAAGGCUUAUGUAAUAACCGGAGGUUUAGGAGGCUUUGGUCUGGAGUUGUCGUAUUGGAUGGUUCUGAGAGGCGCCAAAAAACUGGUGCUCACCUCAAGAACCGGCGUUAGGAAUGCUUACCAACAGUUAUAUUUGAAACGAUUCAAAAAGUUUGGUAAACUUAUCGAGGAUUAUAAGAUCGAUAUCAGGGUCUCGACCGUAAACGCGACCACUAUAGAGGGCGCCCACAAACUCAUCGAUGAGUCCAAUAGCGUGGCUCCGGUCGGCGGUGUCUUCAAUCUGGCGAUGGUUUUGAAAGACGCUCUCAUGGAGAACCAAACGGUCGACACAUUCCGUGAGGUAUGUCAGCCCAAACUCACUGGACUCAAGCACUUGGAUGCAGUCACCCGUCAGAAGUGUCCGGAACUCGACUUUUUCGUCGCCUUCUCAUCGUUGACGGCCGGACGCGGAAAUGGCGGUCAAUCCAACUAUGGAUUCGCCAACUCUGCGAUGGAAAGGAUAUGCGAAAGACGUCGAGCGGACGGUGUGGCCAUCCAAUGGGGACCCAUCGGCGACGUGGGUAUUGUGGCGGAGCAGCUGUUGGUCACCGAUGAUAAGGCCGACGCUAUGAAACUGUUUGCUGGCAUUCAUUUGCAGCGCAUCUCCUCCUGUCUCGAUGUGUUGGACCGUUUCCUUCAGAUCCCGAACGCAGUCCUGUCUUCCAUAGUGAAGGCCGACAAUCAGGGCUCAGGCAAUAAGGCAGACGACGAGGUGUUGAGCCAACUCUGCAGUCAUUUGGGAAUCGAUUCGCGACCCGAAGACUCAACUCUCGGAGACGUAGGCCUGGACUCGAUGAUGGCCGUAGAGAUACAGCAACGGCUGGAAAGGGAUUACGAGAUCCAUUUGGCGCUCACAGACAUCAAGAAGAUUACUGUCGGAGAGCUUAAAGAGUUCAGAGACGGCAGUAAAGAUGGUCUCAAACAAUAUUCGGCUGACAUUAAGAACGUGAGGGCGAACUUGGCUACAGUCCGGUUUGAUAUGCCCUCUGAGCCCACCACAAGACUCAACGAUGUUGGCUCAGGAAAGCCCGUGUUUUUCUUACCUCCGAUCGAAGGCAUAUUCGAGACACUGAAAGACUUGGCCCGCAAUCUGAACCGACCGGUGAUUGCCUUGAAUUGGGUGAAAACGAUGCAGGAGUUGAAGGACAUCAAGAAAGUCAGUGACUUUUAUAAGGAUAGACUGAAGCAACUGAUGCCUGAAGGGAACUACGAUAUCGUGGGCCACUCGUUUGGCGCAAUCGUCGGCAUUCAUAUGUGUCGAAAACAUGUGCCAAUCAAUACACUGCUUAUUCUCGACCCGUCCGACGCCGGCGUCAAAGACGACUGGAGUACCGACGAGAGGUUUGAGAUAGUGUUCGUCUACUUAAGGGCUUUUAUGCCCGAAAGGAUUCUCUUAAGAAUCCAGAAGGAAGUGAUGGAAAUCAAGGGCGAGACCCAGAGAAUCAACAAAUUGAUUGAACUGUUGAAACAUUACGGCGGCAAACAUCUGGUGGGCAAAGACGUGGAUGAGAUCAUAAAGGGGUCGUUCGAGAGGGCAGAGAUGGUGGUGCGCUAUCGCAAGAAGAAUAUCGCCAAAAUGCAGACAUUGAAACACUCGCACACCACCAAAAUGAUCAAACGUCAGAUCAAGAACAUCAACACAGAUGUGACGGUUGUUAAGCUGUUGCGCAAAGAGGAGGAAUUGGUCCGCAUUCAGGACAGAAUACUCCACGACUUCGGCAUCAAACGAGAGGUCAGACUUUGA